CUCUUUCUUAAGUAUGGAUCGUGUGAAAUAAUUUUUCUUUUUUAUUCAAUAUUAAUUUUUUUUUAUUUUUUACCUUUGGUUAUUUGAUUUUAGAUCUUAAUUGUACUAUGAUCGUUAGAGAUUAAUUAAUCGAAAAAAACUUAAACAUAAUUAAUCGAAAAAACUUAAGCAUGAUAUGGAUCGUGUGAAAUAAAUUUUCCUUUUUAUUCAAUAUUAAUUUUUUUUAUUUUUUACUUUUAGUUAUUUGAUUUUAGAUCUUAAUUGUACUAUGAUGGUCGGAGAUUAAUUAAUCGAAAAAAAGAUAUAAAUCACGAUGACAUAUAUAAAAUUUUGAGAUUAAUCGUAAAAAUAUAUAUAUAUAUAUAAAUCACGACCACAUAUAUAAAAUUUAGUAAAAAGUGAUCGGGCAUCCUGAAAUUUUAUUAGAAUUAUGUAAAUUACUUUCUAAAAUGUGAAAUAAAUAAAUAAUAACAGUGGGCUGGGCUUAUGAUUGAGCCAUGGGCCGAACGGUCAAUGUUCAAUUUUCAUACUUUAAUAUUUGGCGGGCGCCCGAUCGGGGCUUCAAGACCCGACAGGUUGGAGCGGCCUUUCUCGGCCAAUCGAUCUCACAAUCCAAUUCCAUUUCAACGUCGAACAUUCAAAUUUCAAAAUACGUUGCCCUCCAAAUUCUCAAGAUUCGCGUUCGAUUCCAUUCGAACACAUAACUGAAUUUCAUUUCUCAGAUCUUUCAAUCCUACUUUCUCUAGAAACUGGCUGUGAUUAUAAACUCAAACAUGUCCCCAGACAAACCCGGUGAAGAUGCCGGGGUUUCUGGAUUUGAACCCGAAGAAACCGAGCCCGAUUCCGAGCUUGAGGAGCUGGAGCUUGAAGUUCAGCAAAUGGCUCAGAGGAUUCUUCACUACAGAUCCACUCUGUCGGCUCAAAUCAAGUCCUCAUUCUGUUCGUUACUUGAAUCCUCGAGGCCUCUCGCCAUAGCCUCGGAACCAGGAAUAUCUGCUCGUCCGGAUCAUGAAGAUGAUGAGCAAACCACAAGAGGAGAAGACACAAAUCUUCAUGAAGAGGGUUUAGAAACUGCAAAGAAGAUACAAUUGAUUAAAGAUAAAAUAUCAAGUAAUAAUACUAUGAUCCCUACAGUCCUGAAGAGGAUGAAAGACUGUAUUUCAACGAUUGACAAAUUGGAUUCUUAUAAUGGAGUCAUUCAUCCUGCAUUCAAAAGGAAAAAAACUAGCUGAAUUUAAUUGGUAUACCUAUGGUUGUUAUUUUAGUGACAAUUUACUUUCACGUGGGAGUCAUUGAGUGUAGUAUCAUUAUUGAGUUAGAUGUUUAGUGUAUUGAGCUUUACAAUGUGUUGUCAAAAGGGGCUGAAUAUGUAGCAUAACGUUUUGUGUAUAAGGUAAGGUUACUCAAGUUCUAGUUUUCCAUUUGUUGAUGUAUAAAAUAAUUGAGAUAUUGAACUAGAAAGUUCUACUUCAA